GCCGGAGGAGCGCGCGCUCGGAGCUCGGCGGCGCAGGGACGGGCCUCGGCUCCCGCGGCGGGGCCUCGACCUCGGCUGAGGAAAUCCUACCCCAAGGAGAAAUGAAGAAGAAAACUGUGUAUACCCUAAAUACGGGAGAUCAGGAGUAUGAAGAUAUGGAAGGUAAAGAAAAUGGAGAUAGUACUGCCACCACCAGUCUAUUGUAUGAUGAGACUGAAAGAUGUCCAAUAUGUCUUAAUUGCCUAUUAGAGAAGGAGGUUGGUUUUCCAGAAAGCUGUAAUCAUGUCUUCUGUAUGGCCUGUAUUCUUAAAUGGGCAGAGACUUUGCCUUCAUGUCCUAUUGACCGAAAACCUUUUCAGGCAGUGUUAAAAUUCAGUGCAUUGGAAGGUUGUGUUAAGGCCCUCAUGCUGUCAUCUAGACCAGCGUUGUCCAGUGUUCAAGUUAAAAGACAGUUGAGAGAAACGAAAGACAAGAAAAAUGAAGGCUUUUUAACGAAACAGCUUUCCUGUUAUGAAAGUUGUAAAGGCUCUGUAAGAAGAAAAAUUACUGGAAGAGAAGAUCUAAGUGCAAGAGUUCAUGAUUUGAGGAUCAUACAUGGAAACUCUUCACACACAGAAACAGGAAGAAAGAAAAACACAGUAAUAAAGAUAAAUAAGCCUCGACGAGCAAAUCAACACGGAAGUCAGUGCUUCAGAAAUUUUUUUUCCAAUAUCUUUUCUUCUAAUUGUUACACUGGAGAAUCUUCUCUUAUCUGUCAAUCUUAUUGUACAGAAUUUAUAGAAGUCAAUGAAAUCAGUGAAUUGAUUAGGCAGAAGAGGCAAGAACUGGAAUUGUCAUGGUUUCCUGAUACGUUACCUGGAAUUGGAAGAAUUGGUUUUAUACCUUGGAAUACUGAAACAGAAGUCCUUCCUCUCAUUUCUUCCAUGUUGCCCAGAACUAUUUUUCCAACAAGUACCAUAUGUUUAGAAAAUUUUGGUUCUUCUUGGAAGGAAUAUGCAUUAGCACAUACUCAGGGAGGAGAAGAAAAGAAGCAAGCUUCUGGUACGUCAAACACCAGAGGAUCAAGACGAAAACCUGCGGCAGUAGCUCCGACGAGGAGAUCCACGCGUAACACAAGGGUAGACGCAGUCAGUCAGUCUCAGAAGUCUCCGGUGUCCGUUAAUUCUGGGUGUGAUGCCCCAGGGAGCAGUAAUGCAUCCGUAAGUGCUGCUUCUUCAGCUGAGCCUGAAAAGCCAACAAGACAGGCUCCAAAACGUAAGCCUGUCAGAAGAGGACGAAAGCCACCUUUAUCAAAAAAGAAACUUCGGAGUUCCAUACCUCCUCCUGAAAAAUCAUCCUCAGGUGAUUCCGUGGAUGAAGAAGCUGCAGAAUCAGACACACCACCUGUGUUAGAGAAAGAACACCAAUCAGAUACGGAAAAGAGUACAUGCACUGUGCCGACAGACGUAGAAAGCCAGUCUGCUACAUUCUUGGAAAACCACAGCGAGCAAAUAGAAGGCAAGGAACAUACUGAGGAUCAUGACACAGAGGAAAAAGUCGAAUCUCCACAUUCUGAGUCUUGUACUCAGGAUCCUACUGUGCUGGUAGGAGAGGAGGAGAAGGAAAUGAGAAAACUUGAGGAUGCAGGUGCAGAAGCUAAAGUUCUCUGUUUAGAAAGUGAGAUUUCUGAAUGUACAUCUGGAAAAGGAGGUGAUGGAUUAGCAAAUCCAGACCAGACAUCUGGACCUUCAGCAUCAGAGGUCAAGGCAGGUGCAUGUGCAGAUAACUGCGAAUGCUCAGGAUCUGAAGUUCAAGUACACCAGCCUGUGUUUAGUCUCCUGGGUGAGUUAUCUAAGAAUGCAGAGGCUGUGGUUAAUGAAAAAAUGAUACAGAAUGCUUUAGGAGAUACUGCUGAUCAAAAAGAUUCCCCAGUAAAACAAGAAGAGCUCAUGGAGAACCCCACAUUAGAGUCUUCAGUGGAUGAAAUAAUGCCAUCAGGGGAAAAGAAGUCUAUUGAGAGCGCACUCAGUAGUGAGCUGGAGUGCACAGGAGAUGCAGAUGCAGGGAUAAUUGCAGCGUGUGACACUUCAGAGAACGAAGGUUUUGGUAGCAUGCAAGACUCUGAAAAUAAUUUAUUACAGAAUAAUCUUAACACUGAAUUGGACAAAUCUUUAAAAGAAAAAACUGAAUCUCUGGUUGAACAUCCCACACCUGUGGAGUUGCCUGACACACAAAUAGAGAAGAUUGAGAAACAUUUUAGUGAGGACAAUAAUGAAAUGAUACCUAUGGAGUGUGAUUCAUUCUGCAGCGACCAAAAUGAACCUGAAAUUGAACCUUCGGUAAAUGUAGAUUCCAGACGGUUGGGUGAGAAUUCUCUGGCAUACAGUUCUGAAAAUAACAUGCCUUCUGCUGAUGCUGCAGAUGAAAAGGUUGACAUGGUACCUCCACCAUCUGAGAGCUCAGUAGAUGCAACAGAGAAGGCCAAAAAGCCUCGUACUCGAAGAUCUAGGUUUCACUCCCCAUCUACAACUUGGUCUCCCAGCAAAGACUCUGCACAAGAAAAGAAGCGGUCUCAGUCUCCCUCUCCCAAGAGAGAAACUGGAAAAGAGAACAGAACAUCUCAGUCACCAUCUCCUAAGAAAGAACCUGCCAGAGGACGGAGGAAAUCUCGGUCUCACUCCCCAAAAAAGGACAACUCGAGAGAAAGGAGGCAGUCUCAGUCUCGGUCUCCAAAAAGAGAUAGUACCAAGGAAGUCAAAAAGUCUGAGUCUCUGUCCCCUAGGAGAGAUGCUUGCAGAGACAACAGGCGGUCUCCAUCCAGAGCAAAAGAUUCCUCUUCAAGAGAAAAGUCCAGGUCCCGAAGCAGAGAGAGAGAGAGCGAUAGAGAUGGGCAGAGGAGAGAUCGAGAUAGAGAAAGGAGAAGCAGAAGGUGGUCUAGGUCCAGAUCUCGUUCUAGGUCACCAUCAAGAUCUAGAACAAAGAGUAAGAGCUCAUCAUUUGGGAGAAAUGACAGAGAUGAUUACUCUCCUCGGUGGAAAGAAAGAUGGACCAAUGAUGGUUGGAGAUGUCCACGAGGAAGUGGUCAGUACAGGAAGAGUGACCCCGAGAAACAGAGUGAAAAUACCAGGAAGGAAAGAAACGACCUCAAUCCAGAUGUUGUUGAUCCAAGUUGUACUGACAAACAUAGAAACGACUGUCCAAACUGGGUAACAGAAAAAAUAAACUCUAGGCCUGACCCAAGGACCAGAAAUCCAGAAAAGUUAAAAGAUUCUUACUGGGAAGAAAGUCGAAAUGAAAAUUCAGGGAGUUCGUGGAAUAAAAACUUUGGUUCCGGUUGGAUGUCAAACCGUGGUAGGGGUCACCGGGGCAGAGGCACUUACCGAGGUAGUUUUGCGUACACAGAUCAGAGUGAAAACAGGUGGCAAAACCGGAAACCCCUCUCAGGGAAUUCAAAUAGUUCAGGAAAUGAGUCUUUCAAGUGUGCAGAACAGCAGUCCUAUAAGCGGAAAAGCGAACAAGAGUUCUCGUUUGAUACACCAGCAGACAGGUCCGGGUGGACAUCCGCAUCCAGCUGGGCUGUGAGGAGGACGCUGCCUGCAGAUGUGCAGAACUACUACUCACGGCGGGGCAGGAAUUCUUCAGGCCCACAGUCUGCAUGGAUAAGACAGGAAGAGGAAACACCUGACCAGGAUUCUAACCUAAAAGACCAAACAGGCCAACAAGUUGACGGUUCCCAGCUGUCAAUGACCACAAUGCAACCACCGAUGCCGCCACAGAUGGGUGUGGUGCAGCCUCCCAUGAGCAUGCAGCCCCAGCCUGUGGCCAUGUUCCCCUACCCAGUGGGGGUUCCUGCGCCUCUGAUGAGUGUGCAGCGCAGCCCCUUCCCCAUCCACCCGCAGCUGCCUGUGCACCUGCACACAGGAGUGCCUCUGCUGCAGGUGGCUGCUCCUGCAGCUGGAUCUCAGGGACCACCCCCACCCCCACCCCCGCCUCCUCCCACCCCGCAGAUGAGCUACGUGGCUUCACAGCCAGAGGGAAAGCAACUGCAGGGUAUUCCCAGUGCUUCUCAUGUAAGUAAUAGCAUGAGCACACCAGUCCUGCCUGCUCCGCCAGCAGCCCCUGCCAAUGUGGGAACAGUUCAGGGACCAGGUGCUGGUAACACUUCGUCAUCAAGUCACGGCAGGGCCUCUAAUGCUGCUGUGAAAUUGGCAGAAAGCAAAGUAAGUGUCACAGUGGAAGCCAGCGCAGAUAGCUCGAAGACAGACAAGAAAUUGCAAAUUCAAGAGAAAGCAGCACAGGAAGUAAAAUUGGCCAUUAAGCCAUUUUAUCAAAAUAAAGAUAUCACCAAGGAAGAAUAUAAAGAGAUUGUGCGGAAAGCAGUGGAUAAAGUUUGUCAUAGUAAGAGUGGAGAAGUAAACUCUACGAAAGUGGCAAAUCUGGUAAAAGCCUAUGUAGACAAAUACAAAUAUUCACGGAAGGGGAGCCAAAAGAAAACUCUGGAAGAACCUGUGUCUACCGAGAAAAACAUAGGCUGAAGUGAGGAGCGCAGUAGAGGACAUUGUCAAGAUUUCUGCCAAGUGCAAUUGCGACUUGCACCAUUCGCUGAGAAGCAAAUGUGACUGACUAAAAUUCGGUUUUUAUAAAAUUAUUAUUUUUUAAAUGUAGGAGAUCAUGUUUUGUUCUAAAUAAAUAUAGUUCUGCACUGCAAUUUCUAUAUCUCCCCUCCCCCCACACCCCCAGCUCCAGUAUAAUGGCAAAGUCCAGGGAAAGUCAAGAAUUUAAAACCAUAUGUGUGUUUGCUAGGACUGUGUUAGGUGUGGGUGCUAGAGGACGUGCAGCUCUUUGCUUGGAACAGUGGAAUUCAUAAAUUGGGAAUUUCCAAGUACACUGGCUUUGGAAGAGAAAUAUAUAUAAUACAGUUAUUCUAUCAGGCUAAAAAGUAAAUAUGGUCUUUAUGAUUUUCCUUUCUAAUUAUAGAAAGUUAAAUAAUGUAUUACCACGAGAAAUAUUUCUAAUAUGAAGUAGAACAUACCAGUUGCAGGGUUCCUAAUGUGUAUUUUUGAAGUACAUUUCUGAAUAAAUGCGACAGAAAAAGAGGAUCGGUCACAAGUGGUGAAGUUCAGUGUUGGGGACUCUUGAGAGGCUCCUCACCUGCUGUGACACCAAAUAAAGACUGUGCUGCUUGC